CUGUACCACCCAUCUACUUCCGCUCUUCGCUGUCUGCGACGUGCUGUCUGCGCUCGUGAACUGCACACAUCAACAAGGAGAUAAACCAUUUCUCUCCAUAGCAGUUUGUUUCUAUAAAUACCUUCACUGCUCUCUACUACCUACCAGAAUGAAUGUGGGUGUGGCACACAGUGAGGUGAACCCAAAUACCCGGGUCAUGAACAGUCGAGGGAUCUGGCUGACCUAUGCACUUGGUGUUGGAAUACUUCACAUUGUGCUCUUGAGCAUUCCCUUCUUCAGUGUGCAAGUGGUGUGGACUCUAACGAAUGUCAUACACAACUUUGGAAUGUAUGUCUUUAUGCAUGCAGUGAAAGGCACACCUUUUGAGACCCCUGACCAAGGAAAAGCCAGACUUCUAACACAUUGGGAACAGCUUGACUACGGCGUGCAGUUCACUUCAUCUAGAAAGUUCUUCACCAUCUCUCCAAUCAUUCUAUACUUCCUGGCAAGUUUCUACACAAAGUAUGAUACAACACACUUUGUCAUAAACACUGCCUCGCUUUUGAGCGUCCUGAUCCCCAAGCUGCCACAACUACACGGAGUGAGAAUUUUCGGCAUCAACAAGUAUUAAGUUAUUGUAAAUGCUGUGCUUCAUAGCAACAGAAGUUAAUUCCUGUGUAGUCUGUAUCUCCGAUGUGUGUACUAAGUUGUAUAGUUUGUGUAAGCGUCACUUAGCUAUAUCAGGUUUAAGAUUAAAUGUUUUAAAAGAAAAGCAGGAGUAGGUUUGUAGAUGACAGGAUGCCAUAUGCAUUACUAACUUAUGUGAUAUUUAAUGAUGUAUUUCUGGCCUGCAUAGACCUGGGCUGGCCCAGGCAUCAGUGAGGCUUUUGGUUGAGUUUGUGUUUUAGUUUUUGCCCUUAAUUCACAUGGCAACACAAAUUGUGAGUACGAGUCUGUUUCUAGCCACAAAGAAGUCCCAAAUGUAUUUUUCAAAGAUGUUUACUUCCUAAGGGUUAGGAGCAAGUGGCCUGUCGUUUUAUUGGUACUCUCAUUUUGUAAUGGGUGUCAAACUUUUCAUGCUGAGUGAAGAAUGGAAUCAUACUCUUUAUUUGCACAGUUUCCUUGGUAUGUGAAUCAUUUGUCGUUUGUAACUCAAUCAGAACAGGGCAGGUUGUUUUUCACUGUACAGGUGUUUUUGUGAAUGUUAUGUCCUGUAUGUUUAAGAAAAGGUUCUGUGUAGAAAUGAGAGAAAUUAUUGUUGCCUGGUUAAGUGUUUACUGAGGAAGGUCUUCAGCAUCUGUGAUCCACUUACCUUCAUGUAGCUGCUCUCUUUAGAUUAUGACCUUUUGCUAUUAUCAAGGCAGCUAGUCCUGCUUUGUUUGGCCAUAGCCCAUAGCUCUUGGUAUAUCUUGUUCUUAAUCUUAUUAAAAUGUUUGUGCCCUCAAGA